AUGGCCUUAUCUACAACUGCUACAGCUAAAUGUAGAAUCGUAAUGGCUUACAGAUCUCGUUUAGAAAGGUUAUUGCUGUUCAAAGCAACAAAUUAUUGCAGCCUAUUAAAGCAAAGAUGUAGCUUGACAAGCUCAACACAUUUAUUAACAACUGAAAAGCAAAUACCAAAAAAAAUUGAAGAAAUUAUUAUUCCAAAAAGAAUAAAAAGAGGACCAACUGAUAUCCUGAAAGCUUUGUCAUCAACUGUCGAAAAGGAUUAUACGGCACCUCGUUAUUGGUUUAUAGAUGACCCAUAUUUAAUACCUACCAGUUCACAACAAAAGCGAGCAUGUGUUUUGGCAGAAGCAUCUGGAAAGAAGACUGCUCGAUACAUGAUGCAAAAAUUUCCACAGAACUUUGUCCAUAAUCCAGCUAUACCCAAUGUUCCUGGUUUUAAUCCAGACCUGGAAGUGGACAUUUCCAAGGCUCCAAAUACAGAAUCAACAUUGCUGACUUGUAUUUCUCAUCGGAAAGUGAAAGAUGCCAUUAAUAUUUUCAAGAAUAUGUCUGCUGAAGGUGUUAAAAUAUCAGCUGAUACAUCCCAGCAGUUUCUUGAUUUGAUAUGUGUAUAUAAUUGUGAGGACCCCUCUGCUAUUCUGAUAGCUGAAGAACAUUAUUACUACCGGGACAUUGUGGGCAGCAGCAACAAAAAUUCUAAUCGAAUCACAUGGAAAAAUGACAAUGUUGCUGAAUGUGUUUUUGAAAGCUUAGAAGAGAAAACUCCAAAAGCUUACAAUGCUUUGGUGUGUGGAAGGGCAAAGUUUCUACAAACAGAUAAAGCUUUUGAAAUGUACCAUGAAAUGAUUGAUAACAAGAUUCCUGUGACUUUACAUACAUUCAAUAGCCUGUUGCAAGUUGCUGCAUUUUCUGAGGAAACCUAUAUAGAAAAGUGGAACAAAAUAGUUCAAUUACUUAAAGAUAUGGAAAAAUUUGGAAUAAGUCCAACUUUGGGUACAUUUAACGCUGUAUUUUUUAGUCUGUCUCGGAUGACUCGUUUCCGUAAGUGCAAAGAGAUUGCACACUUGAUCCUCAAUGAGAUGAAGAAAUGUGAAAUUGAACCUAACCUUGGCAUUUGGAGUGCAGUGUUGAAUAUCUUCUACCCAUUAGAAAAUAGUGAGUCACUAAUAAUUUAUGAAAUCAUUAAAUACCUAAAAGACAAAGAAUUCACUCUACGCUAUCCACUUGAUGUGGAAUUCUUUUCUAAUGCUAUGGCUAAAUGUUUUGUGCACAUUAAAGAUCCAGCAUUAGCCUACGAGAUUGACAAUCUGCUCAACAGAGGGACAAACUACAAACUGCUUGGAGAUGCUUUUAAAGAAGGGAUUUAUUAUUCUUUCUUCUUUCGACUUUUGUGCCAGUUUGAGACUAUGGAAAAAAUAAUGGAAUUUUAUGACAAAUUUACUCCUAAUGCUAUUGAACUGCAUGAUGGACAAGAACAUCUUCCAAGGAUCUGGUCAGAUUUGAUUCUGUUUGAAUUUACCAAGCGAGAAGAUAUUCUUAACAGCAUUUUUCAGUUGAUGGCUAAGGAAAACCGAUCUGAGCUUGUGGAGAGAUUUGCUGACAUUGCUUCAAAAAUUGCUGAGCAAUGGUUGGAGGACAGUGUUUCAGACAAGCAGCCAUUAUUUCUGCUCACUUGCACCAUUCUUGGAGAUUUGAUUGUCAUUUCCCUAAAGGCAAAGCGCUUUGAUCAAGCCUGGGAAUUGUUUAAAAUAUACAAUAAAAAUCCCCAAGCAUUGACUGGCUGCUUCAGUGAGUCAUCUCUGUUGAUGUUGCUGAUGAGUUGUAUUGAAAAAAAGAAAGCAGAUGAAGCUCUUCAAUGUGUAAUGGUGAUGAAUACAAUGGGCCAUGUCAUCAAUAAGGAAGUACAAGAAAAAAUGAAUAAAGAAUUAGAAUUGUCAGCAAGCCAAAAAUACUACUUGGAGUCACUGAACAUUUAA